AUGUAUGAGGACCCCAUACGAGUGCAGACGGCCACCAGGCGUCUGAAGGAACUUCGCCAAGGGAAGCGCCCCCUGCAGGAAUUUAUUUCGGAAUUUCAGCUUGUCUGUCUGGAUUCCAAUUGGAAUGAUGCAGCCUUAAUGGACGCCUUCCAGGAUGGCCUGUCAGAUGAGCUGCAGGAUGAGUUAGUUCGAGUGGAACCAGCUCCGACCCUCGAUGCUCUGGUGGUGCAAUGCUUGCGCAUCGACGCCCGACUCCAACAGCGAAAGACCCGUCGCACCGUCCAGGAGCAGCCAUCCACAUCGGUACCGCAGCGUCCUGUGCAACCAGCGCCCCGGGUCACCCAACGUGUCAUGGCAAUGGCCGAGGAGCCAAUGGAGUUGGGAGCAGUCAGACUUCGCCUGACCGCUCAGGAGCGAACGUGGAGAUGCCAAGGAGGCAUCGCCAUGGACUUGCGUAAGGUGGAGGCCUUGUGUAGUUGGGAACCCCCUCGUCACGUGAAGGACGUUCAACGCCUAUUGCGGUUUGCUAACUAUUACCGGGCCUUCAUCCCGGGUUUUGCCAAGCUGACAGGUCCAAUAACCCAGCUCCUUCGAAAGAAGGUUCCGUUUCAGUGGGGGCCCCCGCAGCAACAGGCUUUUGAGGCCCUCAAGAAGGCCUUCAUCGCAGAACCUGUCCUGAGGCAUCCUGAUCCGCUUCAUGUGCCACCGAUUGUGGUGAAGGCUCCUAGCCCCACUCCUUCAGUGGAGGCAGAUGCCCAGCAAGAUCAACCGCCCCCACCCAUCUCCCCAGUCCCCUCACUCAAGGAGCUUCCCCCAGUGUUAGAAGAGCCGCCACCACAGGGAUCUCCUGAACCAGAAAAGACUGAGGGCACACAGCCUCUUCACCUUGCUAAAAAGCAGGAGACUGCAGCCAUUUGUGGAGAGACAGAUGAAGAGGAGGUGGAGAGUAGUGGUGAGGGGAUCUUCCGAGAGCGGGAUGAGUUUGUCAUACGUGUUGAAGAUGUUCAGGCUCUCAAGCUUGCACUUCAGACUGGGCGGGAACCACCUCCAAUCUGGCGAGUACAGAAAGCUUUGCUUCAAAAGUUUAUACCAGAAAUCAAGGAUGGGCAGCGUCAGUUCUGUGCAACCAGCAAUUAUCUGGGCUAUUUUGGUGAUGCCAAGAACCGUUACCAACGACUCUAUGUUAAAUUCUUGGAGAAUAUCAACAAAAAAGAUUAUGUCCGUGUCUGUUCCAAGAAACCUUGGCACCGGCCUCUGCAAGCUGUCAGGAGACAAAGUCAGCCCAAGGCUUCUACCCCCAAGGUUCCAGUGACACCCAAAGUUGAAAAACCAGAGAAGCUGGAAGUCCCAGAGAGAGCUGAGAAACCCGAAAAGUCUAUUAAGUUUGAGAAGCUCCCCAAGGCUGAAAAAAUGGACAAAACAGAGAAUCUUCCCAAAGUGGAGAAAGCACCUAAGCCAGAAAAGCCCCCCAAGGCAGAGAAAUUAGCUAAGGCAGAGAAGCCCCCCAGAGUGGAAAAAGAAGACACUCCUGUGACCAUGCUCACAAAAGAUGCCCCAGGCAGCGGAGCUUCUAAACCCAAGCCAAAGCCAGCCAAAGUGAAAGCUGAGCCACCCCCCAAGAAGAGGAAAAAAUGGCUCAAGGAAGCAGCAUCUUCUUCAGACUCAGAUUCCAGCCCUGACCAGCAGAGUGAGGAGGAACAUGUGCCCACAGGUCGCAUUCUCAAUACACGAGCCAUGAAGGAGAUGUACCGCAGUUACGUGGAAAUGCUGGUCAGCACUGCCCUUGAUCCAGACAUGAUCCAAGCUCUUGAGGAUACAAAUGAUGAACUGUAUCUCCCACCCAUGAGGAAAAUUGAUGGGAUUUUGAACGAUCAUAAGAAAAAGGUGCUGAAGAGAGUGUCACUGAAUCCAUCGCUACAGGAGGCACUGCACAUGUUCCCCCAACUCCAUGCUGAGACAUGUGAUACAACAGUUAGGUUGAGCCCAGGUGGUGAUCCUUACAACCGCAAGACACUCAACAAACUCAAGAAGAAUGUAUCCAAACCACAGGAAUUCAGUGUGGAAGCAGAGAAGUCCCUUUUCUACACUCUCUACCAUUCCCUUCACCACUACAAGUACCACACCUUUCUGCGUUGUAAGAAUGAGACAAUGGCAAUUGAGUGUCAAAACGAAGACUUGGGCCAGGAGGAGGUGGUGCAGCAGUGCAUGCGCAACCAGCCAUGGCUGGAGAAACUGUUCGACUCCUUCAGCAAAUUGCUGACUCAGGCUCAAAGCAAAUGUGUGUGACACCAUCAUCAGAACCACACCCCAGGAGGGGCUGCCUAAUGCCUGCCCCUCUGCAGAGCCAGAGCAAGAAGUGGGAAGAGGAAAGAGGUACUAAUACAGGCAACAAGUCCAGACUCAGCUCACCACCAACACCACCCCUUCUCCUUGGGUGUUUCUCUUUUUCCUUAAACAGGACAUGGGACAAGCCUGUGUUGUGGUGGAGGGUGGAUGUUUGCAAUGGCAGACAGGACAUUUUGAGGAGGGUUCUCAUCAAAUAAUUGGAUGGUUGGAACACCCCUUUCCCUUUUGCCCUGGCUGUACAGAGAAAUAUUAUUUAUAUAUAAACAUAUAAAUAUCUAAUUGAACAGUCUUGCCUCUUGCUCAGGGUGGGGGUUGAGAAUAGGGGAACCCAUUGGAAAGUCAGAGAAAUGACGGUGUGUGAUUUAGAGCCAAAAGGCUUCUUAAUUUCUCACCAUGGAGUGAGUUGACAGUAGUGAGAUUGGUGAAAAGAGAAGGACCAGGGUCUUCUGAGGUUUUACCCUACAUCUCUUCCAUCAAGAACCUUUACGUCUCCUUAGGGAGAGCUGAGAAUUGAGCAUGGAGGAAUGGUGCAUUGGCCACUCUUUAUACAGUGUCUAGCUCCUUUUAUCCAUAGUCUGAUCAGGAAAUAUGACCCCUGAUCUGCAACAUCUCUAAUCCCAUCUUUGCCAAAUAAAUGUUUGGAGUGAAGGGAAGCCAUCCAUUCAUACACAAAUGGUGAUCACUUCUAUUUUUGCUUCCAACAAGAAUACUGCCAAGCUUGUUGUUUCCAAUCAUACCUGGUAGCACCGAUUUUCUCCCUUUCUGGAGAAACUUCCCUUUCUCUCCCCUCCCUCCCCUUGUGUUUUCAUGAGACAAUUGCUGCUGCAGGGUUCGCUUUUAUUGACAUUGAAUUGGGUGAUUCUAGCUCAUUUGGGUAUGUGGAACAUUUCCCUAUAUUUUCUAAAUAGAUAGCAGUAAAUGGGCAGAGGAGAGCCUUGUGACAUUUAUAGCAAUCUGCCAAGACUAUAGCAAGACUUCCUGAAAUUCUCCUCUCCUCUCCAGAUUUCACAGUUUCCACCCCCACCCGACCCUUGGAUCAUGGGAGGAAUGUAUGAAGGGCUUUAGAUAAGCCUUCCCCAAUGGUAGUUCUGCACUUCUAUGAGGGAGGAAUUUUUAAAAAAUUGUUUCCUAUUCUCCAUAUAUUACGGUGUCUGACAAGGCAGGAUUCUGCUCUCCACUCCCUGAAGUUGUAUAUACUGUAUAGCAUAAAAAGUAUGUAUCAUAUUGUAUUUGACUAACUUGAAAUUCAUGAUGUGCAGGAGUUGCUCUCUCUCUCUCUCCUUUCACCUGUAGCUGUGACAUUCUUUGGUUUUGACUGAAAUUUUCAUUAGGUUAAUUUUUUUUAUUAUUGUUAUUGAGGUGGGAAGGGACACCUUGUGUGUCCUACCCCAUCCUGUCUCCUAAACAAAGCUCCCUCUCCAGCCCUAAACUGAAAUGAUAAACUCUGAUGAGCUAGAGGAUGAGUUACCCUUUCUUCAGUUCUCAGGUGGGCUCUCCACCCCUUAUCCAGCUAUCCGCUAUCUUGCAUGUGUCUGCACCCCCCCUUCCCAAUUAUGUCAAUCAUACGCUUUAGACAACUAUCAUCAUUCCUCACCCCAGAUCUUCUACUGACCUCCCAAAGCAAUCCUUUAUUGAAUGUAGAUCUUCCUAUGUCAGAUUCCCAUCUCCAUGCCAAAGUCUACCUCAUUCUUCCUCCAUUGCUAUUUCUCCCUUUUCCACAUUCACCACCCAGAGUCACUUGUUUGAGAUGGGUGGCUAUAUAAAUUGAAUGAAUAAAUAAAUAAAUUUGAUUUUUCUCCCUCAUCAAGUCAUCCUUUAUUCCUGGCCCAUCUCUUCUAGAACCUUGUUCUUCCUUCCUCACUAACAAUAACCAUUCCUCCAUUUGAAUUUUCCUUCUGCUGUUAUAACUUUGGUUUUUCCAAGACUCCUGAUUUCUUUCCACCUGCCCAAAUCAACAGGAUUUACAGGACUUUCCCCAAUGUACUUUUCAGAUUUUGGGUAGUGGGGAGGGAGAUGUGAAAAGGUACUUCAGGGAUGGUGGGAAAAUAAAUCCCACCUCAGAAUUAGUGAUCUCAUCAUAGAGAACUAGCUCAAGCAAAUUUCUGAAGGGCAUGAAAAUAUGUUAAAACCUGUUUGGUUACUUAGGUUAGUGUCCCUAAUGUAUGCACACAGAUACUGGUGAAUCUCAUUUUCUCCCUUACUCCCCUUAUUUAUUGUGGAUGAAUAGAGGUUGGCAAGUAUGUAUGUGAGUGUACGUGGGGGAAUUUGGUGAAUGAGCCCUAAUCAAAGAGAAUGGUUUUAAAGAGAAGAGUGGCCUGGUUUCUUUUGAGUAUUUUAAAACUUACAAUUUAGACUUUUUAAAAAACAGCUUUCCUUAAUAAACUAGGUUACUGAUAGCUGUUUGGUCUUAGAAGUGAUGGAUUGUAACAGAUAGCUGUGUGUGGAAGUGGAGUCACCUGAAGAUGGGUUUGGGGAAAUGAGAAGAAUGACUUGAGUGGAAUCUUUCAUAGUGUAGGGUUAAUUUUAGAGGGACCUGAAGCCUUGGCACUUUUUGGGACAAUAGACUUGCACCACCAAUCCCAUGGAGAGCCUUGCUAAACCAUUGCUCCCAGUUGGAGGGACAGAGUAGCCAAACUUGAACACCCAGAAUUGGACAGACCUAGCUCUGAGUUGAACAAGGACAAGCACAACACACACACACACACACACCAGUUUCCUGUGACAAAAAGAGACAUUCCUCCUCCGCCACCCACCCUUGUAUUUGGAUCUUGUAAGGCCUCCUUUUUUAUAACGUGUAUUUCUGUGUAUCUUGUUUGCGCCUCAAGGUAUGGGAUUUGUGUUCUGUAUUACUGAAUGUUUCUAUAUAUUUUUAUUGUUCAUUAUUAGUGUCUGAGAUGUUUUUUUCUCUCAAUAUGUAAAACUCACAUUGUAUACUGUGUACACAACAAAAUGACAAAAAACACCUUUCUUUGCAAAAAUCAAAUGCCUGAAACACAGCUUUGUUCAUUU